UAAUAAAACCAAGAUAAUGCUCAACACCCUGCUGUGUCUGUCUUUUCUCUUCCUUUUCUAACUCUCUCUUUCUUCUCACCUUCCUUCUUCUUUUUUCCAUCUCCAAUUUCUUCAAAUUUCCCCUCCUUUAUUGACUUUAGUCUCCAUACUCAAAGACCCAUUUCUUCAUUUUCUUGUUUAAAGGUGUGAAAAAAGCUUGAGAAUUCAUUGAUUUGAGUUGGUUUUUAAGAGUUAAACGAGGCAAAUUUGAAACUCCGAUUUAUAGUUUGAAGCCGAUUUUUGUGUUCAUUUGGGCCAUCUUUUAGGGUGUUUUCCCUUGCAAAAGAUGAUGAUGUUUGAGGACAUGGGGUUUUGUGGUGAUUUGGAUGUGUUUUGUGGUACACUUGGGGAAGGGGAUAUUUCUUCUGUCAGGCAAACCGAGCCUGAUUCGGUGGUCGAGGAUGAUUACAGUGAUGAAGAAAUGGAUGUGGAUGAGCUUGAGCGGAGGAUGUGGAGGGACAAAAUGCGUCUCAAGCGACUGAAAGAACAAACCAAGGCUAAAGAAGGAAUUGAUGCUGCAAAGGCAAGGCAGUCUCAAGAACAGGCGAGGAGGAAAAAGAUGUCUAGAGCUCAAGAUGGAAUAUUGAAGUACAUGCUGAAAAUGAUGGAGGUUUGUAAGGCACAAGGCUUUGUUUAUGGGAUAAUUCCCGAGAAGGGAAAACCGGUGACCGGAGCAUCUGACAAUCUUCGUGAAUGGUGGAAGGAUAAGGUUCGGUUUGAUAGGAAUGGUCCAGCUGCCAUAUCCAAGUAUCAAGCAGAUAACGCAAUCCCAGGAAAGAAUGAUGGAUGCAAUUCCAUUGGUCCAACUCCACACACCUUGCAAGAAUUACAGGACACAACCUUGGGUUCUCUCUUAUCAGCACUUAUGCAGCACUGCGAUCCUCCUCAGAGGCGUUUCCCAUUGGAGAAGGGCAAUCCUCCACCAUGGUGGCCAGCCGGGACUGAAGACUGGUGGCCCCAGAUCGGUUUGCCUAAAGAUCAAGGCCCUCCACCAUACAAGAAACCCCAUGACUUGAAAAAAGCAUGGAAAGUCGGUGUUCUAACUGCUGUUAUCAAGCAUAUGUCUCCUGAUAUAGCCAAGAUUCGCAAGCUCGUGAGGCAGUCCAAAUGCCUUCAAGAUAAAAUGACAGCCAAGGAAAGCGCAACCUGGCUUGCCAUCAUCAAUCAAGAGGAAUCCUUGGCUCGAGAACUUUUUCCAGAUUAUUGCCCCCCGUUAUCCUCUGGUGGAGGUACUGGUUCUAUGGUCAUCAACGAUUGCAGUGAGUAUGAUGUUGAUGGGGCUGACGGCGAGUCAAACUUUGAUGUGGAGGACCGAAAACCCGAGAAUCUUCAUCCAUCCAAUCUUGGGAUGGAUAGAAUGAGGGGAAGCUUUCCAGUUCAGCAACCUUCUCAUCAAAUCAAGGGAGAGGUUGUCACAAACUUGGAUUUCAUUCGGAAGAGGAAGAUCUCUAACGACUUCAACAUGAUGAUGGAACCGAAAAUGUACACAUGUGAGCAUCCUCAAUGCGCUUACAGCGAAGCUCGCCUUGCCUUUCAAGAUAGGCCUUCCAGGGACAACCAUCAAUUGAAUUGUCCACAUAGAAACAGAAACAAUCCUGCAGUUUAUGGUGACCCUAAUUUUCAUGCUACCGAGGUUAAGCCAGUUAUUUUCCCACAAAGCUUUGUUCAACCUAAUUCUACAGUUCAGCCUGCUAGUUUAGUUCCACCUUCAUUCGAUUUAACUGGGUUUGGAGUUUCGGAGGACGGCCAGAAAAUGAUCAGCGACCUUAUGUCAGGCUAUGAUACACAUGUUAUUGGAAACAACAAUGCAAGUUCCACCAAUUGUGUAGUUAUCGAAAAUCAAAACCUUUCUCAGCCCAUCAUUCAGCAACAACAACAGGAUAAUUUCUUUUUGAAUCAAGGAAUGGUUAUGGAAGCAAACUUUUUUACUCGCGAGGAAAAUCAGUUUGACCGGUUCAAGGCCAUGAACUCUCCUUUUGAAGCCAACCUCAACAACAACAAUAAUAUGCAUCCCAUGUAUGGUUCUUCCUGUGAUUUGGCAUCCUUUGAUUUUAAGGAGGAUCUACAACUACAAGGAGGAGUAGGAAUGGAUGCACUUUACAAACAACCAGAUGUUUCAAUAUGGAACUACUGAAAAAGGACAAGUGCAAACUUGUGUACCAUUGUCUUUUUGUAUUGUGUCAUUAAAAAGGGGUUGCCACUCUCUUAAUUAUCAUGUGAAACUCCUUGACUCAAAAAUCAAAGGUAGUUUAGUUACUGCAUUUUUCUUCACAUGUCAUCCUUUAGGUCUAGAUAUUAUAAUGCUUGGAAGGUCUUGUUCUGGUAUGUGGCAAUAAAUCAUGUGGAUGCUAUGUUCCCAUAAUGUAACCAACCCUCUUGUGUUUUUCUAAGUCUUAGCCCUAUUAUAUUGCUGUUACUAUAUUAUUAUAUGUACUACUGUGAUAUAAAUAAAAUUUUGUUAUAAUCUCUUAUA